AUGACUGCUAUCUUCCUGAUGUCCGUGCUUUUUGGCCUUGCAUGUGGGCAAGCAAUGGCUUUUUGUAUUCCAACUGAGUAUAUGAUGCAUGUCGAAAGGAAAGAGUGUGCUUACUGCCUAACCAUCAACACCACCAUCUGUGCUGGAUAUUGUAUGACACGGGACUUCAAUGGCAAGCUGUUUCUUCCCAAAUAUGCUCUGUCCCAGGAUGUUUGUACAUAUAGAGACAUCAUGUACAAGACUGUAGAAAUACUAGGAUGCCCACGCCAUGUUACUCCUUAUUUCUCCUACCCUGUAGCUAUAAGCUGUAAGUGUGGCAAGUGUAAUACUGACUAUAGUGAUUGUAUACAUGAGGCCAUCAAAACAAACUACUGUACCAAACCUCAGAAGUCCUAUGUGGUGGGAUUUUCUGUCUAA